UUUCGUUUUUAUGUCAUUCAAUCUUUGUGAGACCAAUAAGCUGUAUCACCGACUUCAAUUUGGCCUCCCCAGGACUGCUCUCUUAGUAAUCGAUGUUUUCUUUCUCGUCUAAUGACAAUAUCGGUUUUUAUUCGAAAAAAUGCCCAUGACAAAUUAAUGCAGCACGUUUAAUAUCAGUUGGUAAGGGUCCGCUGAUCACGAGAGCAGAGUUCAGAAAAGCGAACUACUAUCAGCUGAUAUCAUGAACAACUUGUCUUGUAAACUGUUGCAGAAUUAUCUCGGAUCUGCUCACGACGUUAAAGAUCUUCGUUCGACUUUUAUUGCAAACUCUGUUUUCAACAAUUGUUCGACCUAUACUUCCAUUAUGCUGAACGUCGUUAUAAUCUUCGCCCUACGAAAGGCAUCUUCGAUACCAAAAACUUUGAAAACAUUGUUGAUAAGUCUCGCUGUCUCAGAUGUUGGGGUUGGUUUGUUUGUUCACCCAGUUUACACUUUACUUCUGGUCAGCUUCCUACGAGGGUACAACAUCAGCUGUCUCCCCUACACUAUGUUCCUUGUCUUUGCUCGGUUAUUUGUUUUAGCUUCGUUCGUGGGUGUAGUAGCUGUGAGCGUAGACAGGUUCUUAGCAGUUCAUCUGCAUCUCAGAUACCAAGAACUUGUGACUCACAAACGUGUCGUUGUUCUGGUGAUCUCAGUGUGGGUAUCUAGUGCAUUUGUUUCUGCACUAGCACUGUUAAAUCUCCAUGAUAUGCAGACAUCUAUUACAAACAUCGUAGGAGGGACUGGCCUCGUUCUCUCAAUAAUGAUUUAUAGCAGUAUCUUUUUAACUGCCAGACGUCACAAAAAAGAAAUACGGUCUUCGCGAAUACGCCACAGAACUCAAUGUAAGGACAUGGCAAAUUUUGCAAGCUUGAUGAAGUUAACAGUCGGUGUAUUUUACAUGUUUCUUUUAUUAUUAAUUUGUUAUGUACCCUAUUUUAUUUCCCUGGCGAUAAUUAAGACUAACGGUCCAAGUAUCCUUCUUAAGGGAGUUCUCCAGUACUCAAUGACUCUUCUAUUUCUAAAUUCAUCUCUCAACCCUGUGAUUUACUGUUUGAAGAUAAGACACAUUCGACGCGCCAUUAUGGACAUACUGCGGAGUACGGCCAGGAACUGGAAUCUACUCUCGCGCGAUCGCUGAAAUGCAAACCCUAACCCAAAGCAAUGUUACCACUGUCCUAUUCACACUGGCAAAAGAUGUUUAGUUAAACCAGUUUCAACUGAAUGAAAAUCAGCAACAGAUAACUAAACAAAUAAAUCUUACACGGGGUUCAAGCUUUCAAUCGGCAUGCAUUAAUUGCGUUUUUAUCGUGCGCUACUGAAUUCGAAGUCAACAAACGUCAGUUUAAGCUAUUCAACUGCUGUGAAGAAAAUAAAAUUUAUUCAUGUUUAACAAACAGCAUCAGAAUGUGUUUUAGCUUUGGUGUAAGUAGGGUACAAGAUUUUUAAAAGCCUCAGCUUAAAUCAUAUUUGGGCAACUGAGGCUAUGUAGCUGUCUGUAAGAAGAGCUUGUAAGCGGACAUGUGACGAAAAUACAUGUACUAUGAAUAAUUUGUAGAAACCCAAGAGAGUAAGCGCCAUCGUUUUUCGGAAUUUAGGAGGAAA